UUUCAGCCCUAAAUAGCCUGUCUCCAUGCUGCAGGGUGUGUGUUUGUUCAUGGGCUAUUUUUGGGCUGAGCAGCUGUCUUGUCUUGUAACCUCUUUAGGUGCAUUUUCUUGGCACAUUAUACCCGCAGCUUGCUUGUUCCUAGUUUCUGAACCAAUUAUUUAUUAUGCUUCACAAUCCAACAAUAAUCACCCUUGUCUUGCUGUGACGUUUUAAUACUGACGAUAGACAUCCGUACCUUGCUACUUGUGGGAAUCUCUUUAGAUUCAUGGAUAUUGGCAGAGAGAGAAUUGUUUAACUACCUGGUUUCUAAUGUCUUGUGUUUGCUUUGCAGGAGUCUGAGGAUCCUAUCAUGGCGUCUGUAACGUUAGCCACAUCAGAAUGGAUUGGCUUCUUCAAGGAAGCUGGAAUUCCUGCUGGGCCAGCUGUCAACUACGCUGUUUCAUUUGUGGAUAACAGGAUUCAGAAAAACAUGCUGAUGGACCUGAAUAAAGACAUCAUUAACGAGUUGGGGAUUACCGCCGUUGGGGACGUCAUAGCGAUCCUGAAACAUGCCAAGGUCGUUCACAGACAGGAUAUCUGCAAAGCUCUGACAGAACCCCAGAAUCAGAACACCAUGCAGGCAGAACUACGGCGCAACGCAAACAGCCCGGCUACAAGAAUGAUCGCCAACAGCCUGAGCCGGGACUCUCCACCAUCUACACCGGCCCGCAGGCCUGACACUAGUACAUCCAAAAUCUCAGUCACUGUGUCUAAUAAGGGGGCUUUGAAAACUUCACAAGCAGCUGACCCUCCUUCUGCGGACGACGGCUCCGAGGUGCAGGUAAAACGCCGCAGGGUGACUGCAGAAAUGGAAGGAAAGUAUGUAGUUAACAUGCCCAAAGGGACCACACCACGCACCAAGAAAAUCUUGGAGGAGCAGUCAGCAAAAGGUUUUACAAGAACAUCUGUGUUUGACAGACUGGGAGCUGAAAGCAAAGUUGAUACAACUACAGGAAGCAAGCCCACUGGCGUCUUUAGUCGUUUAGGAAAUGCCUGUCAGGAAGAAGUGUUGGCUGAGAGUGAUGAGGAUGGCAGUGUUCUGCAGUAUGAAGGUGUCCUUAAAAAGAAGACAACUCCUGUUAUCAGAGAGCGGCUAGCUCCAGGGGUGACCAUCAAGGCCAAAGCCACUAGCUCUGAACCAAAGCCUGCCAUUACCACAGUGAGACGGCUGACCGCCAAACCCCCAGCCAGUGCUCCUGCCAAACUCUCCACUACAAAAAGUGCCCUGGCACACCGGCUGGGCACUAUCCAGCAAAUCGAACCCGAGGCUGAGAAAAGGAAAAAAUCUACAGUAACCCCCCUGGCACACCGGCUGGGCACUAUCCAGCAAAUCGAACCCGAGGCUGAGAAAAGGAAAAAACCUACAGUAACCCCCCUGGCACAGCGCCUGGGGAAACUGCCUGCAGCAGCUCAGGAUAGCCGUGUCAGUAGCACUAAACCCCCUACAGGGGCAUUUAAAGUGACCAUCAAGAGGACAUUAGGGAGCACCAGGGUGAGCAGCACCUGUGACAGUAGCAGUGCCCAAAUGGACAACACCGCCAAUGUUAGUGUCUUCCAGCGGCUCGGGAGAAAGUCAGUAUAAGAGCAAAUUUUAAGGACUUGACCUACCAAAUGUGGGGCAUUACUGAGAUAGUGGUGACCUCCACCUGCAGUUCUGCACUUGGGUCACUAGGAUAUUGCUACUUAAAGGGGUGCCCUACGUACCGUACCCAGUAACCUCUACAACGCAGUGUGGUCAUAGUGCAGAGUUUGUCAGACUGUCAGCAUUUAAAAAAAUACCAGGGCUCUUCCAGCCUCUGCAUUGGGUAAUGCGCAAUAGGCUGAGAGCACCAGAGAAACCCACCGUCCUUGGCCUAUCUGUAGCAGACGGACAGACCCAUGAAUGUUAAAAUGUAGGGAGCGAUGCCGUGAGCUGCUCAGGCUUGGUGCCUUAUUACAGAUUAGUUUUCCAAUCCAAACAAUCAUGUCUUGCGAUGAAGUCUGCGGUUUUGGAAAUCAAGCUGGCUUAUUUUCUCCCUAUUUAUUAGCUUCUAGGAAAGUUUCUGCAGGCACUGUUGUGUUUUUUUUUUUUUUUUUUAAUUAAAUAUUUUACUAAAACA